GUAGAGAGCCUCAUCAAGCGACAUGAAGCCUUCCAGAAGUCAGCAGUGGCCUGGGAGGAACGUUUUAGUGCACUGGAGAAGCUGACUGCGCUGGAAGAGCGGGAGAAGGAGCGGAAGAGAAAAAGGGAGGAGGAGGAACGGAGGAAACAGCCCUCUACUCCAGAGCCCAUGGCUGGUCGGCCUGAAGGGAGUCUGGUAGAUGGCCAGACAGCUCCUGACACUGCCUGGGAUGGAACCCAGUCACAACUGCCACCAUCCACACAAGCACCCAGUAUUAACGGGGUCUGCACAGACACAGAGUCUUCACAGCCCCUGUUCGAACAGCAAAGACUUGAACAGAGCAGUGUCUCAGAAGGGCCUGUGAGUCUCUCUGGAGGGGUGGAUUUGGUACAUUGUGAAGCUCACAGGUGCCAGUAACUCAAGCUCCAGGGGAUCUGUCACCCUCUUCUGGUCUCUGUGGGCACGGUUU